AUGGCUGCAUAUGGUGGCUCCAUAAUGGCUGUGGGUGUUGUCCUGGUGCAUGAGAAGAUCACUCUUUUGCUGCUCUGGAGGGGGGUAUUUCUGUUCCUUCCUGGAUGGUCCCAGGUAGGGCACUCUCAAGGUUAUAGUUCCCCAGAGGUGGUGAUUCCCAUGAGACAUGCCAACAGCAUGAAGCCUCCAGGCUGGCUCUCUUACAGACUGCAUUUUGGGGGCCAGAGACACAUUGUCCACAUGAAGGUCAACAAGCAUUUGCUGUCCAGACACCUGCCAGUGUUCACCUACACAGACCAGGGCGCUCUUGUUGAGGACCAGCCUUUUGUCCAGAAUGACUGCUACUAUCAUGGGUAUGUGGAGGGGGACCCAGAAUCCCUGGUUGCCGUCAGUACCUAUUUUGGGGGCUUUCAAGGAAUAAUACAGACAAAUGACAUUGUUUAUGAAAUCGAACCCGAAAGGCUUUCUACUACAUUUGAACAUCUCAUAUAUAAGACGAGCAGUGAGGAGACACAGUUCCCACCCAUGAGAUGUGGAUUAACAGAUGAAGAAAUAGCACGACAAUUGAAGCUACGAGAGAGCGUUAGUUAUACUUUGAAGCAGAGUGCCUAUGAAAGCUGGUGGACACACAAGAUGUUUCUUGAACUGGCGGUGGUAGUGGAUUACAAUCGAUAUCUGCAUAUCAAAAGUAACACCUCAAAUGUACACAACGAAGUAUGCCUUGUUGUCAAUUAUGUAAAUAACCUUUUACAAUCACUGAAUAUUUAUGUGAUUUUAAUGGGAAUUGAGAUAUGGACUGAAGGAAACUCCAUUCCAAUAGAUACCAUAAAAGGUCUCCUAGCAGGAUUUUGCCAGUGGAAGAAAAGUGGCUUUAAUAACCGUUUGCCUCAUGAUGCUGCAAAUAUAUUGGUAAAGAAAGGAUAUGGUAUUGAUCUUGGUUUAGCCUAUGCUGGAACAAUAUGUAACAUUCAAUAUAACUGUGGAGUUACUAGUUUCAUGAGUGACAAUUUGUGUGACAUUGCAUUUAUUGUGUCACAUGAGAUCGGUCAUAUUUUGGGUAUGUCGCAUGAUGGUAAAAAAUGUGAAUGUGGGCAUAAAACAUGCAUAAUGUUUGCAAAACAAUCAUCCACUACUAAAUUCAGCAACUGCAGUUAUGCUCAGUUCAUGGACACCGUUGCAAAACAAAAAUGUUUAUACCUUUCAUCAAAUACAGAGAACAUGUUCACACUUACUGUGUGUGGAAAUGGUGUGGUUGAAGAAGGAGAAGAGUGUGACUGUGGUGCUUUACAUUUGUGUAUAAAAGAUCCAUGUUGGCAGUCUAACUGCACGCUGACACCUGGGGCUGCUUGUGCUUUUGGGCUUUGUUGCAAAGACUGCCAGAUCACGCCAUCAGGCAAUGUGCGUAGAAAAGAGGAAAACGCAUGUGAUCUUCCAGAGUGGUGCAAUGGGAUAUCCCAUCACUGUCCAGAAGAUGUGUAUGUGCAGGAUGGAAUCCCGUGCCUGGGCGGUGGCUACUGCUAUGAAAAGAGAUGCAAUAACUGUGAAGAACAGUGUAAGAAAAUUUUUGGCAAAGAGGCCAAGAGUGCAAAUCAGAGUUGCUACACGAAAGUGAACACCCGAGGUGACCGUUUUGGUCACUGUGGUAUUCAUGACUCUACGUAUGUGCGAUGUAACAUCUCAGACAUCCUGUGUGGGAGGGUUCAGUGUGACGACGUGACAGAAAUCCCCCUUCUGCAAGAUCAUUCUACUGUACAUUGGACUCACUUCAAUAAUGUCACCUGCUGGGGCAUUGACUACCAUCUGGGGAUGGCCAUACCUGACAUUGGUGAAGUGAAAGAUGGAACCCAGUGUGGUGCAGAACAUAUCUGCAUCCAAAGGAAGUGCGUCCCUAUGUCACUUCUGGUAAGUGAUUGUUCACCUGAGACCUGCAAUAUGAAAGGAGUCUGUAACAACAGACAUCAUUGCCACUGCAACUAUGAGUGGGACCCUCCCAACUGCCUGCAAGAUGGCGACGGAGGUAGUAUUGAUAGUGGCCCACCCCCUAGGAGAAAAGAGAAUGCACUGAGGAAAUGGACCAGUUAUCUGCUACUACUUUGGUUUAUUUUCUUUUUUCCUUUAUUGUGCUUAUUAAUAUUGUCUUUUAUGACAGGCAAAAGAAUAGCUAAGGAAAAGGAGGAUGUUCCAACUUCACCCUUAGAAUGA